AUGCCAACUUUGGAAGAGGUGAAGAAGGCAGUGUUUGAAUUAUCUUCAAAUAGUGCUGGUGGUCCAGAUGGUAUGAUUGGUACAUUUUAUCAGACUCUUCCCAAGUCAAUAACACAUACCAACCUAGUACUAUUACCAAAGAAGAAUAACAUUGAGACUUUUGCUGAUAUGAGAGCAAUCAGUCUCAGUAAAUUCAUCAAUAAGGUUAUUUCUAGAGUGGUUCAGGAUAAGCUUGAAGGACUUUUACCUUCUCUGAUAUCUCCUAACCAAUCUGGUUUUGUUAAGGGCAGAUGUAUCAUUGAAAAUGUCCUCACUCAAGAAGUUGUGACUGGCAUUAGACUAACAGGAAAACUAGCUAAUGUAGUGCUUAAGCUUGACAUGGCAAAAGCAUAUGAUAGAGUGUCAUGGAGUUACUUAAUCAGAGUUUUAAAGAAGAUGGGAUUUGCAGAAGUUUCCAUAGAUAUGGUAUGGAGAGCUCUGAACUCUUUAUUUGAGAACAAUGAUUUUAGAAGCUAUGGAAUGCCUAAAUGGAGUGCAAGUCUAAAUCAUCUGGCAUAUGCAGAUGACACAAUAAUUUUUACAUCUGCUGAUCCUAGGUUUUUGGAGCUGAUUAUGGAGAUAUUACAUGACUAUGAGCAGGCACAGUCCUCAGAAUGUGCAGUGGAAGGGAGGUUCGCAAGUACUAGAGAUAAUAUAGAACAAGAAAUAUGGUGGAAACCAAUGAGUGGAACUGCAAAUGUAUGGUUUGACAAUUUGACAAAGUUAGGGGCUCUAUAUCACAUUGUUCCAGACGAUUUUGUGAUGGAUGACGGUGUUCAAGAUGUAAAAGAACUUAUGCUGCAGGAUGGUUGGAACAUACUAAGAUUGCAACAAUUAUUCCCCAUGGACAUUGUAGAUCAUAUAUUAGAGGAACUGCACUUUCAUGAACCAACAAAAGAGUGGGACAGGCCAAGAUGGAUGAUCACAGCCUUAGGCAAAUUCACAGUAGGUACUGCAUGGGAACUUUUGAGGAGAAAAGCAUCCAAGUCAGAUGACUUUAAGAACAUGUAG